CACACACUUUCUCUCUAAAAACAUUAACUAAAGAAGAAGAAGGCGUACCAACUUAGCUCAGCAACACUCACUAUGGCUUUGAAGACGGCUUCGACGAACGGGAUGUGGAUGUUGGAAGACUGCAAGAGAUCGUUCAUGGAGAUGAAGUGGAAGAAAGUGCACAGAUACAUCGUUUUCAAGAUCGAGGAGAAAUCCAAGAAAGUCGCCGUGGACAAGGUCGGUGCAGCCGGCGAGACCUAUCAUGAUCUCGCCGCUUCCUUGCCGGAGGACGACUGUCGCUACGCCGUGUUUGAUUUCGACUACGUCACCGUCGAUAACUGCCGCAUGAGCAAGCUCUUCUUCAUCACCUGGUCGCCGGAGGCGUCGAGGAUAAGGGAGAAGAUGAUGUACGCGACGUCUAAGAGCGGACUGAGAAGAGUGUUGGAAGGCAUCCACUACGAGCUUCAAGCCACCGACCCAACCGAGAUGGGAUUCGACAAAAUCCAAGACCGGACCAAAUAAAAUAUUUACAUUCCAUUCAACCGGAGUUAAACCGUCAGUGAUGUGUCAUUAACAGCAGUAAUUAUCUAUUAAUGUUCGUUAUUGUUGUUUAGUGCUUAACUUGGUAUGUGAGACUUUCCUUCCUUUCCUUCUAUUGACAAGAGUUAUCAACUAUUGGUGGUUCUGUUUGUUAGUCUAAAUGUUGAAUGUUAUUUUAUGUCUCUUUUUGUCGCUAAUGCUUAAAUAAAAUAAAGCCUCAUAUUGUAUCAAA